CUUCCUGGGACCUGUCUUGGAUUUGUCGUGGUCAAUAUUCAACAGUGGUUUCGCCAUGUUUCGCCGCGACCGUCCAGACGAUGUGAUAGGGAAUGUUCUGAACCAGAACGAUGCUUCUCGGGCACUGUCGCCUACGGCUGUUGCCACUCAAUUCCUGUUGAUGUCGGGAGUUACGAUAUUUACGAUUCUCACCUUCAAUGCCUUACGGCCUAGGAACAAAAUUGUCUACGAGCCAAAGCUCAAAUACUACGUUCGUGACAAGAGACCACCCAACAUCUCAAAUGGUUACCUUGGUUGGAUCCCACCUCUCAUCUAUACAAAGGAGGCCGAAAUGCUGGACAAAUCUGGCUUCGAUGCUGUGACCUUCUUGAGGUUCCAGAGAAUGGUCCGCUGGCUCUUCACUGGAAUAGCGAUCAUCGGAUGUGGUGUCCUCAUCCCUAUCAACGUUCUGUAUAACAGAAGACAUGUUGACCCAGACCGACGAGACGUUUUUUCUACCCUUACCAUCCGCGAUGUCAGAGGCCGCGUCCUCUUCAUCCAUGUCGGCGCUUCAUACGUGUUCACAAUCUGCAUCAUGUUUGCAGUUUGGUAUAACUGGAAGUGCAUGCUCGAAAUUAGACGUUCUUGGUUCAUGUCUCCCGAAUACACGCAAUCCUUCUACGCUCGUACUCUUAUGAUUCGGAAUGUGCCAAGGAAGUAUCAGUCGGACGAAGGCCUUCGCAUUGUCCUCAACGCUAUGCAGAUGCCAUAUCCGGCUACAAGCGUACAUAUUGGACGUAAUGUCGGACGAUUGCAGGGUCUCGUGGAUUAUCACAACAAUGCCGUGCGUAAACUCGAGGAAAUUCUUGUUCGCUAUCUCAAGGACGGCAAAUCCAAUGCACACCGACCGACUGUCAGAAAGGGUGGUUGCUUCGGUAUGGGCGCUAGUAAAUAUGAUGCCAUCGACUACUAUACAAGCAAGGUCAAGCGAAGCGAAGCGGCUAUUGAAAUGUACAGAGAAGAGAUUGGGACGUGUACGGCCGAGAAUUAUGGAUUCGCAUCCAUGGCGACAGUACCAUACGCACAAAUGACUGCUCGCAUGCUUCGCAACAAGAGGCCGAAGGGUAUGACUGUGUGCUUAGCUCCCCACCCGAAAGACAUCAUUUGGGAGAAUAUCGGCAUGAGUAGCACAACGAUAGCUGCACGUAAAACACUCGGCUGGAUCUACCUCGCACUUGUGUGUUUCUUGAACACCGUCCCAGUCCUUGUUGUAUCUUUCCUCGCCAAUUUGAAUGCCAUGACUGCAUAUGUAGCAUUCUUGCAGAAUUGGUCGAAGAGCAACCCUGCCACGUUCACCAUCAUCUCUGGUAUACUUCCGCCCGCUGUCAGCGCCUUCUUCGGAAUCAUCUUUCCUGUCAUUAUGCGUUGGUUGUCUCGUUUCCAAGGCGCUGUCACUCGUUCUCGCCUAGAUCGGGCCGUCAUCGCCCGAUAUUUUGCGUUUCUUGUUAUUUCACAGCUGUUCAUCUUCACGUUGAUUGGCGUUGUAAUAAACUCUAUCACGGAAAUUGUAGCUCAGAUCGGGAAGCACAAGAGCUUCAAAGAGAUAGUCGAAAAUCUAGAUAAGCUUCCGGGAGCGAUCAGCCGCACCUAUAUCGACCAGGCAAAUUACUGGAUUACAUAUUUCCUUCUACGCGGAUUCAUAGCGGUUUUUGACCUUAUCCAGGGUCUCCGCUUAAUGACCAUUUGGUUCAAGAAGCGGAUCCUUGGACGCACACCUCGCGAUAUACGUGAGCUGAGCAAGCCGCCCAGAUUUGACUACGCAGACUACUAUUCCAAUAUUCUUUUCAUGUGUGCAGUUGCUCUUGCCUUUGCUCCACUCGUACCGCUUAUGCCAGUUGCUGCGGCCGUCGUCUUCUGGAUAUUUUCUAUCGUAUACAAAUAUCAACUUAUAUACGCUUUUGUCACGAAAGUCGAAAGUGGAGGACGUCUCUGGAAUGUUGUCACCAAUAGGCUCCUCUGGACCGUUGUGUUCAUGCAGGCGCUGCUGAUGCUUACGGUCGGAUUGCAGGAAGGAUGGAAAUCAUUCCAAUGGGUGUCAACUCUCCCACCUAUCCUCUUAGUCUUAAUAUUUAAACUCUACAUCGAGCGUGCGUUCUUACGGCAGUUCAGAUGGCACAUUCCAAGCGAGGAAGAACUCCGUCUAGCGAAGGUACACUCAGUGCGCGGAGACGCGCACGGAAGUAGGCUUGAAAGGCGAUUCGGCCAUCCGGCGUUGCACGCUGAGCUCUUCACACCCAUGCUACAUGCGGAUAUGAUGCCUCUCUUGCCGAAGGUUUACAAUGGAUGUUUUGAUAAUCAGUGGGUGGCACUGGAUAAUAGAGCAGGUCAAAAGGCAGAAGCUUGUGGUGUCAAGAUUGCUGCUGUUCACGCGAAUGAACUUGAGUACGAUCCCUCGCUCUACCGGCGCGACCGCCUUGAGAUAGACUGGGACCGCGACUCGAUUUCCUCUGCCGGUAUACUCAGCAUGAAUAGCGACAAGCCAUCCUUACAACAUCAAAAUUCGCAUUUCUACGCCAAUCCUUCGACGAGGGUAUCUCAAGUACCGACAGGAUACGACAAUUACCUCGCAUACGGACCAAGACGGGAGUUCGAAGUGGUCAGUCCUGACAAUACAGGCGGCGAUCAAGCCCGACUACCCCUCCUCCCGUUAGAUCACCAACACGGUCAUCAGACUCAUGCACCUUGGGCUGGCAUGUCGCAAAGCACCGCUUCCUUACCCAUUUACUUCGGUGAGUCCGAUAACGGAAGGCUCUUAUCGAGCCCGUGGCAAACGAACAUCACCUCAGGCAUGUAUUACGCUUCAACCCCGACUCCGGCACAGGUUCAAACUUUGGCAGGGUUCCAGCAGCCACGUCCUCAACCUAGGCCUUAUCAAGAAGCCGGACUGAGCAAUGCCAAUGAGACGGGCGUAAGUCAGCGAAUACCACAUACACGACAAGUAUCAUGGUAUAGUUACACGGAUAACUAUUUCGCAGCAGGAUCUGAAUCAAAUAUUGGAGGACGUGGGGCACAUCGGGUAUAA